CGAGUUAAUUGAACAAUGCUGGUUAAACUUGCGUUUUGGAGUUACAUUUCCACUUCCGGCUUCUCUUCGUUGGCAGCUACGAAUUUGCUUAAAUGCGGGGAUGUUUUGAAGCAAGCUCGGGUGUUUACGGAAGCAGAUGUUGUUGAAUACUCGAAGCUGAGCCAUGAUACCAACCCCUUGCAUUUUGACUCAGAAUGUGCCAAGCUUGCCGGAUUCAGUGACAGGCUUGUUCCUGGAAUGCUGGUCGCUUCCUUAUUCCCAAGAACCAUCGCUUCAAAUUUUCCGGGAGCUGUAUAUGUUUCGCAAACGUUGCAGUUCAAGUUGCCGGUGUACAUUGGAGAGGAGAUAGUUGGUGAAAUAUGUGCAACAAAUAUCAAGGAUCUAAAAGCAAAACAUGUGGUCAAAUUUUCCACCAAAUGCUUCAAACGUGAUGGCGCGCUUGUUAUUGAUGGCUAGGCCACAGCCAUCCUGCGGAGUCUGAACAAAGAACCAGCUCGGUGGUCGAGCUGAAGAACAAAAAAUUAUUCCCUGUUUAAUGGUCAAAAUGCAUGAUUUUGGUGUACU